AUGGUUCUCGAUCGGCAGUCAGCCGCUGUGGCUAACUCGGUGCAUUCGCCACGCAAAAAGCUGCGCAUCGGCUUCGUCCAUCCUGACCUUGGCAUCGGUGGAGCUGAAAAGCUGGUGGUAGACGCUGCACUCUCACUCCAACAACUUGGGCACGAGGUGGUCAUUUUCACUUCGCAUCACGAUCCGCGUCAUUGCUUUGAGGCUACACGCGAUGGAACGCUCAAGGUACAAGUGAUGCGUACCGCGAUACCGCGCUCUUUGCUUGGCGGCUUCCAUCUUCCAUGUGCCAUCUUGCAGCAGAUGAGCCUCGUUUUCCAGCUCAUCCUCGCAGUUACCCUGUUCAACUAUCCUGGUACUAUGCCACGCUUUGUUUCGAAACGUAUGACCUCUUCGCCCCCCAUUCCUGGAUUCGAUCUGUUCUUCUUCGACCAGCUACCCGCGGGUAUUCCGUGGCUCAAGAUCAUACUGGCGACGCGCGUCGUCUAUUACUGCCACUUUCCGGACAAGGACAUUAGCAACUCGAUUGCGAUGCAAAGGGCACAUGCCAGAGGCGAGUCGGGUCCAUCGGUCUUGCGCAAACUGUAUCGCAUACCAUUUGACCUGUUCGAAGAAGGCACCACCGAUUAUUCCGACAAGAUCUUGGUCAAUUCCGAGUUCACCUCGGCUCAAUUCGUCAAGUCCUUCUUCCGUCUCAGGAGGCAGCCCAGGGUGUGCUAUCCAGGCGUGGAAAUGGAUCAGUUCAAGCCGGAGAGGGUGGAGCAGGCGCUCAAAAAACUCGAGACCGAGGCAAAGCAAAUGGGCGACCCGAUACGAGGUUCCAUUGCCAAGUUCUGCAAGGACGAGAGCAAGACGACCCUGCUCUCGAUCAACCGAUUUGAGGCGAAAAAGAAUGUGGCACUGGCUUUGGAGGCUUUCGCCAUUGCGCAGAAGGAGCUUGCUGCCACUGCCACCAACGGCGACAGUGUGGGAUCGCUAAGGCUGGUGCUGGUGGGUGGAUACGACAAGCGCGUCCGUGACAAUGUCGCGACGCUCAACGAGUUGCAAACCCAGGCGCAAGAGCUUGGUUUGUCCUCCGUGACGCUCAGCUACCAUCGCCAGGCAUUCGAAACGCCCACUACAGCGCCUGCAGCCGACAAGCUCGCGAAAGCCUCGGUGAUCUUCCUGCCCUCCUUACCGAUGGCAUUGAUCCACACGCUUCUGCUCAACCCAGCCACCAGGGCUCUACUAUACACUCCCACAGACGAACAUUUCGGAAUCGUGCCGCUCGAAGCCAUGGCAUGCGGUGUUCCGGUGCUCGCGACCAACACUGGUGGACCGGUCGAAACUGUGGUCGACCUCGCACUCUCGUCCACAGGCGAACCCACAAACCUCUCGAACGGCACAGGUCUUCUUCGUCAUGCUUCCGCUCCCAUCUGGGCCGUUUCAAUCACUGCGUUGCUUCGCCUUUCGUCCUCGCAUCGAGAGCAGAUCUCCGCUGCGGCCAAGGAACGUGUCCGUACCAAGUUUAGCACCGAAGUGCUCUCGCUAGCGCUCGAAAAGGCGUGCUACGAUGCGUUCGAGCUGGGACGUGUUCGCGGUGACGAAGGGCUGUACCAGUGGGGCUCGACGCUGGCCGUAUUGAUGGUCAUGUCGAUCCUCUUUUGGGUCAACGUGUAUUUCAGCCAUGACAAGUGGUUGGCUAUCCAAGCGGCGAAAUUGGCAAACGAGAAGGACAAGUGGUUGGCAGAGCUCAAAGCGACUGGCGUAGCCGGUUCAGCAGGUGGGUUGAAUCCGCAUGCUGAUCACGUUGCACAGGCCCCUCUGCCCACGCCACUGUGA